UCGCCAGGGCACAAUACUGACGAGUGUUUGAAUUUGUUGGCCGCAUUGUUGCGUUUAAUCGGCCAUCCGCAGCUUAGAAAAUUUUAUCGUAAUACUGAUCCUCAGAGACGAGGUCCUGGACGCCAGAUCGAACCCUUUGAUGAUGAAGAUGAUGAGGAAGACCGAGGUGCUAUGACAAAACGCAUCCGACAGGGAGAUAAGGAAGUAUUCAUGUUUACCUCGGAGACGUCUGAUUCUAACUCUGCUGGAACUUCCCGAGGACAUAAACGAGAUAGGUCUCCUGAACCGAUGCAAAUCACUGUUUACCGGGUCAAUACCAACAACCCCCGGAGUACGUUGUCCCGUCGACAGGUCAAGGCAUAUGCCCGACAAGCGCACAACUCCGGCAAACAGGUUUACACUACCGAUUUGAGAGAUAUUCUCAACAAUCGGAAUUGCCCCAUAACCUUUAAUAUGGAGGAUGCUAAUCAUUUCGCUCAUCCUCAUUCCGACGCACUGGUUAUUACCGUCCCUAUAUGCGGUAUUCCUGUUCAUCGUGUCAUGGUGGACACUGGGGCCUAUUCAAGUAUCUUGAUGUUGAAAGCUUUUGACAAGAUGGGCCUUGACCCCGCCGAAAUCCGUCCUUGCAACGAUCAAAUCCAAGGGUUUAAUGGCAGUAUUUCAAAGCCCAUCGGAGAAAUUACUUUACCUGUCAGAUUUGGCACCUCGGAGAAUGUCACCAAACUCGUCAUGGAAACUUUUAAGGUUAUGGAUAUUAAUAAUGAGUACAACGCCAUCAUCGGCAGAACGGCAUUGUACAAACUUCGAGCUGCAGUUUCUAUCUUUCACUAUGCAUUAAAGUUCCCGACAACCCGGGGAGAAGGAACCCACUUCGGAGAUCAAAGAGAAGCUCGACAACUUGUUACGUUUAUCCCAUCCAAUGGAGUUCAUUCAACUUCAAUGGGUAAUAAUGAAGCCUCCCCACAGCAGCACGCUCCAGACAAUGCGGUGACUGAAGAACCAAAAAAUCACGUCGGCGAUCCUUCCACCUCGGAUUCUUUAACCGAAGACCGAGGUCGCCGACCUGGAAAGGAGCCACUUCUUGAAGAAGACGAGUUGGACCCCAGAGCAUUGUUUAAAGAAAAAAGUCGAGCUGAUCGAGCCGAACCUGGAGAAGACGUGGAAUUGGUCUAUAUCGAUGAACCAGUCUUCCACAAGUCAUUACGCAUCGGAAGUCAUCUCCAGGAACCACUUCGGUCAGAACUUAUCUCGUUUCUCAAACAGAAUUCUGAUGUUUUUGCCUGGAAGCACGAGGAUAUGAAGGGCAUCGACCCCGGUGUCGCUAGCCACAAACUAAACCUCGAUCGAACAGUCCGGCCUGUUGUGCAAAAGAGAAGGAAAUUGGGGCCGGAUCGUCAGAAGGCAUUGGAAGAAGAAGUCAAAAAACUCAUCGACAAUAAGUUCAUCAAGGAAGCCAAAUACCUGACGUGGGUCUCAAAUCCUGUUCUUGUCAAGAAGAGCAACGGGUUGUGGAGAUUGUGUAUUGAUUUUUCCGACCUCAACAAGGCGUGCCCAAAAGACAGUUAUCCACUUCCCCAUAUAGAUUAUAUGGUUGAUGCCACGUCCGGACAUGAGUUGAUGAGUUUCAUGGACGCUUACUCCGGCUACAGCCAGAUUCCUAUGGAUCCCGAGGACUCUGAACACACUUCAUUCUAUUCGGCCCGAGGUCUGUAUUGUUACACUAGGAUGCCGUUCGGAUUAAAGAACGCCGGAGCCACGUAUCAACGUCUUGUCAACAAAAUGUUCGCAACACUGAUCGGUCACACUAUGGAAGUUUAUGUCGAUGACAUGCUCGUCAAGUCGGUGCACGCAUCUGAUCAUAUAACACAUCUUCGAGACAUGUUCGCCAUCUUCCGAUCUUAUUCCAUGGUGUUGAACCCUAAGAAAUGCACUUUUGGAGUUGAAUCCGGAAAGUUUCUGGGCUAUAUGGUUAGCCAGCGCGGAAUUGAAGCCAAUCCAGCCAAAAUAAAGGUCGUUCAGGAUCUAACUCCCCCAACCUCGGUCAAGGGUGUUCAGGCCCUAACUGGCCGACUUGCUGCACUCAACCGGUUCAUCUCCAAGUCUACAGAUCGUUGUAAGCCGUUUUUCGAAGCAAUCAAGAAAGGGAAACGUUUUGAAUGGACUGAAGAAUGCCAAAAAGCUCUUGACAGUAUCAAGGAGACGUUGGUCUCUCCCCCAACUUUGCAAAAGCCGAAACCCGAGGAAAUGUUGUUCUUAUACCUCGGAGUCAGUGAAUCUGCCAUUAGCGCUGUUUUGAUACGCGAAGAGGGAUUGACGCAAUCACCUAUCUAUUACGUCAGCAAAGCCUUGCACGACGCCGAACUACGUUAUCCUCCGAUGGAAAAGUUAACGUUUGCGCUUGUGAUGGCAGCCCGGAAAUUACGACCAUACUUUCAAGAGCAUUCUAUAACUGUUCGCACUUCGUAUCCACUUCGGCAAAUCCUACAACGACCUGACACCUCGGGACGCAUGGUUAAAUGGGCCAUUGAGCUCGGACAAUUCGACAUCCAUUAUCAACCGAGGACCGCAAUCAAGGCUCAAGCCUUAUCUGACUUUAUCGCCGAGUUUACCCCGGCCGUCACAGUUCAUUAUAAUAAUCAACCAUGGGUCCUCUAUAUUGAUGGCUCCUCAAUAGCUAACCGAGCAGGUGCAGGGAUAGUCCUAGCUGAUCCAGAAAAUCGGUUAUUCU